AUGACGCAAGGGGAUAUUGCACCCGAUACAAUUAUGUACAAUUCGCUUAUAGAUGGCUACUGUUUGCGAGGUGAAAUGGACGAGGUGAAAAAGGUCUUUGAAAUAAUGCUUAGCAAAGGCAUGGUUAAUGCUCGUACUUAUAGCAUAUUGAUAAAUGGCUAUUGUAAGUGUAAAAGGAUAGAUGAUGCUCAGAUGAUUUUUCUGGAAAUGUCUCAUAAGGGAGUUGUUCCAAAUACGGUUACUUAUAGCACUCUUAUCGAUGGGUUUUGCAAGAUGGGGAGAACACAAGAUGCACUGAACUUGUUCUCUCAAAUGCAAGCUAGGGGCCAACUUCCAAAUGUUCAGAUUUAUAACAUUUUGCUGGAUGGCCUCUGUAAAAACCAACAAUUUUCCAAGGCAGUUGAAUUGUUGGAAGAGAUGGAGGAAAAGAAGUUGAAUUUUAACAUUGUAACUUAUAAUAUUCUAAUUGCAGGAUUGUGCAAAGCUGGAAAAGUUGAACAUGCAUGGGAUCUCUUUUGUAGUUUAUCAUCAAAGGGAAUUCAACCUAAUGUCAGAACAUAUGCCAUAAUGAUUAGUGGAUUUUGUAACCGGGGACUAGCAAGUGAAGCAGAAAACUUGCUUAGAGAAAUGGAAGAGAAAGGUUGUUGUCCAGAUAGUUGCACGUACAACACAAUUAUCCGAGGGUUUAUCAAUAUCAACGAGACAUCAAUAGCGGUGAGGCUUAUUCAAGAAAUGGUGGAGAGAGGUUUUUUCUGCAGAUGCAUCAACUAUGGAGUUGGUUGUUAA